AUGGAGACGGCAGCUGCAUUUAAUUUCUCGGAGUCUGAUAGAGCGGAAUAUGCUGGCAGGAAGGCCAGCUUGGCGCUGCAGCGUGCCCUUAAUGUGUCUAAGGCAGGGGCACCCAACGUUCAAGAUCAGCGUAAGUGUGACCACGAGCUGUUGCCUACGGAGUUGCCUGCCAGUAUUCGAGACAAAGUCGCGAGAAUUUUGCAGGAGCGUAGUGGCAAGGAGAAAAUACCUGAUGAGGAUGUGGAUCCCAAAGCGCCGUGGCACCAGCAACUGGAGCAGCAUGUGGUUCGACUAAUGCAACGGCUGCGAUCACAGCCACUGCAAUUCAGGCAAUUGCUAGUCAUGGCGGCGUCAGAGCCUAGUGCUGAUUGUGUAUCGAACACCAACGUAUCACGAAGCUUCGUGGAUGCUCGCAAAGCUUAUCGUCGUGUACGUCGAGCUGCAACAGCACUGGGUGAAGAGACUUUCUACAUGGUUCGAGGGUUUGUAAGACGUAGUGAAGCCAACGGCGUUCUCCCACAAGAUGCACAAGCAGUACGCUUGGCGUCUCUGUAUAAACUGGAGCUGCGACGGCACGUCACAAUCAGCGCGGUGAUGGAGUGUAUUCACCAAGCCGACAGUGGCACAAAUCAAUCAUUUUUUCGUCGACAUACAAGAAGUGCUCGUGUAAUAAGCAGCAGUUCUAGCGAUCUAGAUUCCGCAGUAAACCCACGAGCAACCAGCGCUCCAGCUGGCACUGCAGGCCGCAGUGGCCAAAAUAUUGAUACCGAGUCUUCGGACAAGGUCAAGUCCGUUCAUGCCUUUAAGUUACAGGCACUGGAACGUCUUCUUGCCAAGAGUUGGCAAGGCAGUAAAGCUGCAAGUAUUGUAUCGCUUCAACCAGUGUCGGUGAGCUCCAUCAGCUUGUCGGACGAGACGCUAUCUCACAUCCAAGAGCGCGUGACGGCGUUCCUGUACCAUCAAAGUCGUGAGAAUUAUCCUCUUUGGGAGGAGCCGCCACUAUCGAGAGAAGAGACAGCUCGCCACUUGCGGACAUUCGUAUCCACACUACUGACAACGCCCUUGUUGCAAGGUUUAACUAUUGACCAACUUUUGGAAGUUGCCAGAGCUGCGAGGUGGCUACAUUUAGCUCCUGGAGACACGCUGUGUGUCCGAAACACCGAGAUGGAUACCUUUAUCAUCGUUAUGGAUGGAUCUCUUGAAUACCGUAUUGAUACCGAGCUCAACUCAGCUUCAGUUGGGCCCGUUAUGACUGUUACAGCACCGGCAUGUCUAGGUGAGAUAGCGAUGGUUCGCAAUACUGAACGUUGGUCACGAACGCUCGUAGCACAGGAUACAACAGGUGUCAAGGUCUUGACGCUUCCAAAGCUGACGUUCGAGACCCUGUUGCACCGGUUUUUCAAUGGUGGGAAAGUAGUAUCAGCGUCGACUACCAGUUUGUUGCAACCACGAAGACCUUCUUCGUCCCCAGCAGUGAUUGCUAAGCGUCUAACCCGGUCGGUUAGGAACUCGUUAUCUGGACGUCGACCAUCAACAGCGGCCCCAUUUGCAGCGAUGGAGGCGAAUAUUACUCGAUGGCAUGAAGUCCGAGACGAAAAACUUCGGGAUUAUCGAGCCGGGUUAGAGGCUGAGCAGCGAGCAGCGGCGCUUGAAGCUCUUCAAAGAGCGAUCGACGAGAUAUCGUCGGCAUCUUCUGAAGAAGACGACGUGGAAUUACUGCAAUAUACCGCUUCCUUACGAUCUCCAAGAAAACAAUUGUGGUCACGGCAUGAACAUUAUCCAACGUACGAUCCGACAUCGGAUGAGAUGGAACAUUCAACUGUACCCAUUGAGUCAUCGACGAAGACUGCUGAUCAACUGCGAGAGUAUUAUCGGAGCCUCAGUGCUCGACGUUCGGUCAUGAAAGCACGAAUUGCUUCAAGUAUACCAUCCGAUCAAAUGGUUCAGCAAAGUCCUGAACGAAAACCUACAUACCCUUCUUCUAGCUCACUCUCCAAAAACCAAGUGGAAGAUGAUAGAGCAGCCGCAGUCACAAGAGCUCGGAGAUCAGCGUUAAACACUCUUUUAAUCCGACAGUCCACUGCGACCAUGGCAAAGCACAGCAAACUACUAGACAAGGAGACCGCACAGCAAGUUCUCAUCCAGAAACAUUUUGCUGAUACUUCCGCUGCACCCUCGGCAGGUAGUCGCCCCCAAUCUGGUCGACCUAGAUCAGGCAAUCGCCCAGAAUCUGGGACUACCGAGUUAAAUCAAAGCCACAGUAGCGCGCCACUCCCAUUACGUGCAGAUCUUCAGCGACGCAUGGAUUCAGUUAUAAAUGAGCUUCUGCUACCACCGAAAGCCAAGCUAGAUUUGGUGCUCAAGUACACACAUGCUGACCACUUUGACCAGUUUCCAACGGCUGUACAACUCUGGGAACGUGUACAAACAGCCAUCGUCAAGCGAGAGCGGAUGAUGAAAUCCUUAUGGGACUUUGAGAUGCUGGCAAGUGAUCCUCGACGUCAUUUUCGAUCCAUUUCCACCCAUCGAUUACGGGAGGAGAAGCAGCGAGAUGCGUUAUUUUACAAAUUGAACCAGGUAUCUAACGUUUGUUUAGUAGCAAUGGACGAGCUCUGGCGAUUCUGUGGAGACAUCGUGUGUCUUGGAGAACGAUCCUAUCGAGAAAAAAUGAAGAUAGAUUACACUGAAUUGUUGUAUGAAGUGGAACAGGAGCGACUACGAAUCAUUUACAACGGCGUUCGGCCGCAUGAUAGAACGAAUAAGGACGUUCUAAAUCCUAAAUUUGCUGUCAACGGAGCCAAUGCUGACCCCUCAAGUGUUCGCUUCAGCCUUGCUUCUCCUCGUGAAUCCAUCUUCGUGGAAGUCGAGCAAGAUGCAGCUACUCCGGAACAGGAGGAUCAUAGGAGAGCAUCACGGGUUACAGUUCAAGUGCAACAACAACGUAAGGCUGAGCUUCUUGCACUGAGUAGACACCUGGAGCAACAGAGAGAAUCCCAAUCCAAAGACACUGUGCAGGCUAUCCGACCACCAGAGAUCACGUAUGUGGCUCCUGCUGAAGAUGCCAAAAAGGCAGCAGCGCGAAUGAUGCAACAAGAAGAGCGAGAGUCGCUCCGAGAAAUGUUUCAACAAUUUAUGAAGCGUUCUAAAAUCUAA